ACUGGGACCUGAAAAUAAACUUCACAAAAAGUAAACUAAUGUGCUUUUCAAAUAAAAAGAUAAACCAACUACCAAAAAUAAGAAUAGAUAACAUAGAAAUCAAAUACACUCUAAGCCAUAAAAUUUUAGGCCUAACUUUAGACGCCCCCAAACUAAAAUGGAAAAAACAUUUAGAAAACCUAAAAGUAGAUAUCUUAAAUAGAAUAAACAUAAUGAAAAAACUAACUUCACUAAAUUGGGGAGCAAAUAGAGAAACUCUAUUAAAGUUCUAUAAAAUAUACAUAAAACCAAAAAUUGAAUAUGGAUCAACAAUUUAUGGAGCAGCAAAGGAAUCCGAUUUAAAAAAACUUGAAACACUACAAAACCAAAUUUUAAGACUGGCAACAGCUUGUUUUAGAACAUCUCCAAUAAUAGCUCUUCAAGCAUUAACAAACAUCCCAUCUUUAUCACAAAGAAUAAAAGAACUUGAAUGCAUUCAACUAACAAAAAUUCUAAAUAAACCAAAUAAGACACCAGUAAAACAACAAAUAACAAACUGCAUAAAUGAAUAUAAUCCUCAAAGAGAUAAAAGAUCUCUAGUAUACAGAGCUACGGAAACAAAAAUAAACCUAAAUAUAAACAUAAAUCCAAAUGAAAUCCCAAACAUAUCCCCAAUACCACCUUGGUAUGAUAUUUCAGAAAAUGUACAAAUAGACUUUAUGAAUAAUAUAACAAAAAAUACUCCUCAAAUAAUCAUCCAAAAACAAUUCCAGGAGUUAAUAAAUACGAAUUAUAAAGACUUUAACAGAAUUUUCACUGAUGGAUCAAAAAUAAAAGAACCAGAUUCAACUUCAGCAGCAAUCUACAUCCAAAACAAAAAUAUAACAACUAUUUGGAAAUUGCCUCCUAAAAUAGAAAUCACACACGCAGAAUUAUUUGCCAUAAAACAAGGACUAAAGUAUGUAAUAAAUAAUAAACUGACAAAAACUAUAAUACUAACAGACUCUCAAUCAUCCUUACAAUUAAUAAAAAACUCUAAACCACUAAAUUAUAAACAAAUCACAUACGAAAUACAAAAACAGAUACACUUUCUCUCAACAAGAAAACAAGAGAUUAAGAUACAGUGGAUUCCAUCACACAAAAACAUUAAGGGAAAUGAAAUUGUUGACCUAGCGGCAAAGAAGGCCCAUGAAAUAAAUAAUCACAUGUCUAUACCACCAGAUCCAAAUUAUAUCAUAAAAGAAAUUAAGAUAAAGAAUAACAAACAAUGGGAAUCAAACUUAAAAAGAAUCCUAAGUACAAAAAAUUACCUCAUCAAAGAUAACACUGAAAAGCCAUGGACUAGAGCAAAAUAUAGAAAACUAGACACAUGCAUCUCAAGACUCACAACCAAACACACAAGACUAAAACAACAUCUUUACAGAAUGAAAAUGGAAAAUGACCCCUUCUGCAGAUGGUGCAAGAACCAAGAAGAGACCAUAGAACACAUGUUUUUAUACUGCCCAAGAUUCAACUCUCACAGAACAAAAUUAAAAGAUGCAUUAAGACGAGUAAAAAUUAAUGAUAUUGACAUUAAUCUUCUGAUUACAGGUGCAGAUCAACCAUCUACAAUAAAGUACUACAUAUUAAGACACACAAAGAUUUUCCUACAAACAACCAAAUUAUUUGAUAUAAUUUAAGAAACAAGAAGCAAAAAAAAAAAAAAAAGAAGAUCCAGGGGAUAUAGACAACAGU